CCUUGUGAUGCUGCUCAUUAUCCAAACCAGCAACGGAGCGAACGGGUGCCCUGUCCGGCACCUCUAGACUGACCACAAAGGAGACGUUACAGGCGCCUCUCCCGGGGAUGCCGAUGUGCAGGGUAGUGAGCGCUUGAUGACAAAGGUCGGGAGGUGGUCUGCGGGUCUGGAUCUCAGUUCUGGCUCCACCACUGAAUUAUCUGUGGCCUGAGCCAAAUCUCUCCCGGGGCCUCCGGCUGUUUGUCUGUAGAAAUGGGACAUAGUGGACAGAACUCUUGGGAAUGUUUUGAGGACACAGUGGCUGGUCAAGAAGCAAAUGGAGGAGUGUCCGAUGCCCCGUCCUGACCCUUCCUCUGCCCUCUUCCUGGCAGGCUGCAGCUGUGAUGCUCCUGAGAGGCUGGCGCCCGCUGCCUCCAGUGCGGGCCUCCUCCUGUCCUGGGCACUGGCCUCCAAAAGACUGUGUUUGAGGAGGGGCAGUGGACUGAUGCCAGGGCUACAGGCCAUGGCAGGGAAGCCACUGGUCAUCCCAAGCCCUCGAGACCCGGGGCUGCGCCACAUCAGCUGCGGGAACACGGUGCCCGACUCGGGCACUCGGCCAGAAGUGGAGUGGCUGCUCCCACGGCCACCCCUGGAGCCUUCUGGGGAGGAGCCAUGGUCCUGGCAGCAGCCGCACCACCCUCGCCCACCCGCCGUAGUCACCAUCCUAACGGGUGUGGGGGACUCUCAGUGUGGCUUCGAUUUUCAUUUCUCUUGUGACAAGUCAGGUCCCUCCAACAGGCUCCGAUGCCCACCACCCAGCCUGGCCUCCCCGUUGGCCAAAGCAGCCUGCGAGGCCCCCUCCAUGCACCGUGGUGGGAAGUGCCGUGGGUGGGGCCAUGUCACUGCCAUCCUCAACACAAUCCUGGCCAGCCUCCUGCCCAUCAAGUGGCCCUGCAUGACCAAGAUCCAGGGGAGGGCCAUCUUCUCCAGUGACACCGAGAAAAUUAUCCUUGUGCCAGAAGUAAGCAAAUAAAAAUCUCCCAGGAAGAACAGAAAGAGUCUACUCUACAGUUGGAUGAAAUCACUCCAUAUUCGAGUUCAGAUCCCACCUAGGCUGCUUCCUUGCUGUGUGACCCCAGGCAAGCCACUUUACCUCUCUGGACCUAUUUAUUCUUCUGAAUAAAUGAAGGGUUGUUAUGACAGUUAACUCAAGAUCUUCAAUGUAAAUAAAGUACUUUGGCACCCAGAGUUCCUUUCCUCCCUUCCCAAUCCCAGGGAAGUAUCUGACUGGUCAGCACCGAGUCCCAUGCCCACAGUGGGGAUGGGUGUGCCAUCAGCCUCACUUACAGAGCUAGAGUUAGAGCAGUUGCUGGUACUGGAGUGGGGGAAGGCUGCUGGGCAUCCCAUGGCCAGCUUGCUCUUUAACGGAGGUUUUAUUUAUUAAGAUCAUUUCAUAGAUUUGAAAAUUGUUCAGAGAGGUAAAGUCAUUUGCCCAAGGCCACACAGCUGAUCAAUGGCAGAGCUGGGAUUUGAAUCCAAAUCCGACAGACUAUUGGGGAGGUAAAAGACCACCUGGGUUUGCUCCCUCCGCCCCCACCCACUCAGCUUGCAUUGAUAGAUCACAGAAAAAAGCAGCUCGUGUUUAUCUUCCAGAAGGAACAGUAGGAUGAUCGAUAACUUCUGCUUUGAAAAAAACGGAAUAAAUAGAAAAACCUAGGCAGCCACAGAGUAGUGUUCCAAGGGACUGGGAGGCCAGCAGGUCAUUUCCAGUGUCAUUACGAUCACUUGAUGCCAAUUGCCCUGCCGUGCAAACCCGGGCACAUCACAGCACAAAUAGCAGCAAGCAGCUGGGCGCGGUUGUGCCUGCCUGUCAUCCCAGGCAGGGGAGGCUGGGGCAGGAGGAUGGAUUUCCAAGCCAGCCUCAGCAACAGCGAGGCCCUAAGCCACUCAG